UAAAACCCUCUUCAGCAACAACCCCUAAAACCCCCACUGAAUCUCUCGUCUCCGCCUCUCUCCGGACGUUCUUCAUUUCUCUCUUGCCUUCUUCGUACUAAUGGCUUCAGCGGUUCUCCGUAACCCUAAUUCUAAACGUGUUCUUUUCUCUUCCAAAAUCUACUCCUGCUGUCGAGGAUCGGCCUCCGCUCAUUUCUCCAUUUCCGAUUCUCUCUCUGGAAAUGACACAGCUUCUGUUUCCGCUGGUACUUGGUGGAGAUCCAUGGCCACCUUUACUAGAACUAAGCCUCACGUUAACGUGGGAACAAUUGGGCACGUUGAUCAUGGGAAGACUACCCUGACUGCAGCAAUUACUAAGGUUCUAGCAGAAGAAGGUAAAGCUAAAGCUGUAGCUUUUGAUGAAAUUGAUAAGGCCCCUGAGGAGAAAAAGAGAGGAAUUACAAUUGCUACGGCUCAUGUGGAGUAUGAAACUGCUAAACGUCACUAUGCCCAUGUCGACUGUCCUGGACAUGCAGAUUAUGUCAAAAACAUGAUUACUGGAGCUGCACAAAUGGAUGGUGGAAUUCUAGUUGUAUCCGCUCCUGAUGGGCCCAUGCCACAGACAAAGGAACAUAUACUACUUGCCCGUCAGGUUGGUGUGCCAUCACUUGUGUGUUUCCUGAAUAAAGUUGAUGCCGUUGAUGAUCCAGAGUUAUUAGAGCUUGUGGAAAUGGAGCUUCGUGAACUGCUUAGUUUCUACAAGUUUCCCGGAGAUGAAAUCCCCAUUAUCCGGGGAUCAGCAUUGUCUGCUCUUCAGGGAACAAAUGAAGAAAUAGGGAAAAAGGCCAUCUUAAAAUUGAUGGAUGCCGUGGAUGAAUACAUCCCUGACCCUGUCCGCCAACUUGACAAGCCUUUCCUUAUGCCAAUUGAAGAUGUUUUCUCAAUUCAGGGACGUGGUACUGUUGCAACUGGACGGGUUGAACAAGGGACCAUUAAAGUUGGUGAAGAAGUUGAGAUUUUGGGAUUGGUGCAGGGUGCUCCUGUAAAAACAACAGUAACUGGAGUCGAGAUGUUCAAGAAAAUAUUGGACCAAGGACAAGCUGGUGACAAUGUGGGUCUUCUCCUACGUGGUUUGAAGCGAGAUGAUGUGCAAAGAGGGCAGGUGAUUGCCAAGCCUGGAACUGUGAAAACAUACAAGAAGUUUGAGGCGGAAAUAUAUGUACUCACAAAGGAUGAAGGUGGGCGUCAUACCGCUUUUGUUUCCAACUACAGGCCACAGUUUUACAUGAGAACUGCAGAUAUUACUGGGAAAGUUGAGUUGCCUGAAAAUAUUAAGAUGGUUCUGCCUGGGGACAAUGUGACUGCAACUUUCGAGUUGAUCUCACCCGUUCCCCUUGAAGCAGGACAAAGAUUUGCAUUGAGAGAGGGAGGUAGAACAGUUGGAGCUGGCGUGGUCUCGAAAGUAAUUAGCUGAGUCAUUUGAUGCCAAAUCCUUUAUGCUUUUUCCCCUUUUUCAGUAGAAGUGCUCUAGGUAAGAAGACGUGAUUGAUAUUUGAUGAGAAAAAGAAAAGGGAUGUGAUACUUUCUUACAAAGCAUUUGAUGCAAUGUUGGUUCUAGGCAUUACUGAAGAGAUUAUUAAUGAUCACAAAUUGAGUUUAAAUUUGAAAGAAUGGUUGUCUCCGGGUCCCUCUUCCGCAGCAUGCAAUUGAUCAACAUAGCUUGAUCUUUAAACCCUUCAGGUUUUAUGUGGGUAUUAAAUAAUUUUCCUUUCCAAUUGUAUUAAUGUUUGACUACAUGUCACUAAUCAUUAUUACUGACGAUUUUUCUGCCUAGCUUUUCAUGGCUGCUACCAUGUAUAAAAAGCCAAUUGUCAUUCAUAACAUUUAAAAAUGUUUUUACUGGA